UGGUGUCUCUCUCUGGGUUCAGUGUCUCUCCGAGCCGCCGUGCUUCACAACCCGGGCUGAGUGAGUGAGGAUGUUCGCAGUCAGAGCGGCGUGGCGGCGCUGUGCGGUCCGGCAGGCCCUCACGCUCCGGUCCAGCCUGAAUGGAGCCGUUGCUCCUCGGAGGCUGAUGUCGUCGGUUCCUGGCGGCACAGGCGAAAAUAUUGUCUAUGUAGUUCUGUGCGGUGGAGCUUUCGCUGGUGCCAUGGCAUAUGCCUAUAAAACAGUGGCAUCAGACAGCACCCGCUUUUCUGACCGGGUUACAGAGAUCCAGGCACGGCCCAAGGAUGACUGGAAGCCCAAACCUUGGCCACCCAAGAGCGAGGACGGUGGCAAGGAAGAAGACGCUGAGGAGGCAGAGGAAGCAGUUGAGGCUGCAGCAGAGGUAGAGGCUGUAGCAGAGGCUAAUGGAGAGGAGGCGGGACCUGUGGAGCUGGCUGCAGAGGUUAACGGAGAGGAGGCGGCCCCUGUGGAGACCGUGGUAGAGACGGUCGCGGAGACAGUCGCCGAGACGGCGGAGGUGGUUGCCGAGGUGGCCGUGGUUGUCGCGGAAGCAGCGGAAGAGGUGGCGGCUGUGGCUGAGGAGGUGGAGCAGGUGGCAGAGAAGGUGGAGGCCGCAGCGGAGGCACUGGAAGCUCCCGUGGUUGCUGCCGAGGAACCAGCUGCCGCUGCCCCAGAGGAGCCUGCAGCCGAGAGCAACGUGGCCCAAGAGAAUGUAGAAAUAGCUGCUGCUUCUGUGGUGGAGAAGCCAUUGGUGGUUCCUGUAGAGGAGGAAAUUCUGGUGAUAGAAGCUAUAGCACCACUUGAGGCUGAGCCAGAAAAGCUAGCAGAGGGUCCAGCUGCACCAGUAGUUGAGGAGGCAUCAACUCCCCCAACCACAGAGGCAACUCCAGUCGAUCCUCCAAUAGUAGAGGUACCAGUUGUCCCAACAACAGAGGAAGCACCUGUUGCUGCAGUAACUGAAGAGGUAUCAGUUACCCCUACAACAGAGGAAGCUACAGUUGCCACAACACUAGAGGAAGUAAAUGUUGCCCCAGUUGCUGAUGAGGCACUGAUUACCCCAGAUACAGUGGAAGCACUUGUUGCCCCAGCAGUAGAAGAAGCACCAGUUACCCCAACGUCAGAGGAAUCCCCUGUUCCUCCAGAAGUAGAAGAGGCACCAGUUAUCCCAAUAGCAGAGGAGGUUCCUUUUGCCCCAGUUCCUGAAGAGGCACCAGUUACCCCAAUAGCAGAGGAGGUUCCUGUUGCCCCAGUUCCUGAAGAGGCACCAGUUACCCCAAUAACAGAGGAGGUUUCUGUUGCCGUAGUUGCUGAAGAGGCACCAGUUGCCCCUGUAGCAGAGGAGGUUCCUGUUGUCCCAGCUGCUGAAGAGGCACCAGAUGUCCCAAUAGCAGAGGAGGUUCCUGUUGCCGUAGUUGCUGAAGAGGCACCAGUUACCCCAACAACAGAACUAGCAGCAGUUGCUGAGGUAGCUGUUGUUCCAGAAGUUGUCCCAGUCAUACUAGAAGGUGAGGCCGUGGCCAUCACAGAGCAAGUAGCAGAAAGUUCAGAGGGAGUUGCAGAAAGUCCUGUUGUGGAAGCUCCAGAAGAAGUACCAGCAAGUCCAGCUGUGGAGGUAGCGACAAGUGAAAUUGAGCCAGCAGUGGAAAGUCAGGUGAUUGCAGAGGCAACCACUGCAGUUGAGACAGUGGCAUCCCCAGCUGAUGUGGAAGACCCAGCCCCAGAAUCUAAGCGUGAAUACAUAGUAGUUGUCUUGGAGGGAGCCCCCAAAACAGAAAAGAAACCUAAGGUUCUUGGUGUAUCCCCCUUAACUGGCAGGAUCAUUCCAGCCCCUGAUAAUGAUGAGGAGCCAACAGGACAGGUAACAGGGCAAGCGCCGCCUGCUUAAGAUCCAGAUGUCCUGACUUGAGCCAAAAGGGUCAGUAAGUCAGAAGUCCCGUGUUAGUUAACCUGUUCCCUGAUGAAGAAUAAGGGAUGUGCCUUCCCCCCAACUGUCUAUCUCCUAUCUGUCACUUUGAUCUCACCUUCGCUUUGGACUGUUGGAUUCAUCGGCAGUGAUAGAGCCCUGGCUGUAACUCCUAAACGAUGCUGGUUUAUCACACUAUUCAGAUUAUCUGAAAUCUUAUCUAUUUACGUUUAACUUUUUCAGGCAUUACUGGAACUUGUUUACUUCAUUUGAACAUACACUGCUUAACAGUCUUCGAUAACUCUGUGGAAUACACUUUUAUCUAUUGAUAUUUAUUCUUUUAUUCACUUGACAGACACAGAUGGUUGAACUGUCUAACUCCUGGAUAAUUUUUGGGAUAUCUGGGUAUCUUGAUAUUUACAAUGUGAAAAUUGUGAAGGAUCAGGUUAUAUUUUACCCUGUUUAGUUAGAGGUUCUGUCAUUUCCUAACCACUACAUCAUGGAUAAAGCUGGUAAAGGAAUAGUUUACCCUACCUCACUCUAGUUGGCCAUAUUUUCUCAUUGCCGUGAUAUCAGCUGCUAUGUCAUCAGGCCAAAGACACCCACAGUUUCCAAAAUUAAAAGGGGACCUCCACUAAUUUUCAGUAGUUGAGAUGUAAACAAAGUCAUUAGAGUGAAACAGCUAAUUGUAGAGAACUUGCGGACUCAGAUAUCUUUACAGUGGUGGUGAUAGGAAACAGGGGUCAAGAUUUCCACAUUACAAAUAUAGCCAUUUCACACAAUUUCUAAACCACUUAUCCUUCUGGGUUGCAGGGGGAGCCGGAGCCUAUCCCAGCAAUCAUUGGGCAGAAGGCUAGCCAUUCCAACUAUCCAAAACCACUUGAAAACUCUCCUGAGUUUUUAUAUGCAAUACAUUUUCUUUGGGACUGUUUUGCCUUCAAUUUCCUUAUCAUAACUCUCCACCAUUAAUUUUUGAAAAAUAUGUUUUAGGCCAAAACCUCUCAAAACUAUCAUAAAACAGUGUCUCAGGCAUCAUGCAGCAAAUUCCAAACCAUUUCUUGUAUUAAUUUUAUGUGAGAAAAGCUUUUAGAGGCAAUAAACACUUCAAACGUCUGGUUCCUAUCACCACCACUGUGAGCAAUUCUGACUCUAGUUUCUCUAGAACUAAGCAUUUGGUAUCAAACCAUUCUGAAUGACCAUUUUGUCCGAUUCUUAAUCGUUUAAUUAUGCAGAAGUUCUGAAAUAUUGGUGGAAUUCCCCUUUGAAGUACUGCCAUGUUUACAUGCAAGUCAGAGAGCUUUCCAGCCCAGCUCUUGGCUGUUCCUUUCUCAGGCACCUUUUGAAAUGAAAUUCACUAUUUUUUUAGUCUUCAGCCAAAAAUGUAUAGAUAUCAUUUCAGGAGCCGUUUUUACACUGUGACAUAACCAUAUUAAAACACUCCAUUAUUGGCGUAUAUGAGAAACACUGGCCAGUUUCUACACCUUUCUACCUCACCUUAACUCUAGCUGCUGAUCCUUCACAGUAUUUCUCCUGGAAAAAGAGAAAAAAAAGUCUUCUUCUUUUCACACUUUGUGAUAACCAGCAAUGGGAUAGGUUAACUGUGAAAGGUUGAAGAUGAGAGCUGCACUUUUACUAUUAACCUAUUCAUUAUUCACUACAUUUUCAUAACCAGCGAAGUUUCUUCCAUUUCGUAUUUUCAUGUCCAGCUGAGCUUGUAUCGGCAAAUGUGAAUCCCAAAUGUUUUACACUUCAUCGAGGACCAGAACUCAGUAUUCCUUUACCUUUUUUACACAUCCAUUCUGUUACUAGAGGUCGCUGACCUUAGGUCAGUCUGUUGAUUGUCCAUUUACAUGGGGCAACCACUUUUAGAAGAAGCUUAUUACACUUCAGCUGCGCAGUAUUAUCCUAGUAAUGGUAACAGUAAGAGUAAAGCUUGUGUCCAGUUAUUGUUUCAGAGGCUUGUAGUCGAGGUUUUGCUUGCCUAAGUCAACUAAAGCUUUCUGAGCCUUCGCAAUUAAAGAAUUGUUUCAGUUCUUGCGUGUGGGUCAUCUAGUAUGUAGAGAAUAAUUCAGUUUUUUUUUUUUCAAAUUCGUUCGAAGAAGGGGCUCUGAAUGUAGACUUGAAUAAUGUAGUGUGGGUUUAUUCAGUGUGUCUGUCUUUGAAACUUUCCUGUUAUGGUUUGACGGAUGUGUAGAGUUCUGUGCUAUCCUGAGCCUAGCCAUUGCUUGAGAAUGUAGGCAGAGUAUUGUGUGAUUUAAAUAAAAAGGGAGUCAAAAUUG